GAAGAAGAUACAAUAUAGGUUGUCGCUGGUGCCGAAGCAUAAUCCAUGCGGCUUUCGGCUUCAACCCCGAUGGCCGCCACCGCGCGGUUACGCCGACCUAGUAUGGACCGGCGGUGACGAGUGCAGAUUGCUCCACAUCCUUUAAGCAGAUGGGUCGGGCCCAUUAAGGUUUGGACCAGCCCAAAAGCGAGACCGGAAAAUCUAAGCGAACCGGGAAUUUCCAGGUUCAGUUCAGUAAAGCUGAGCCGAGCCGAACUCUGCCGCGCCGCCGCCCUCUUCCCCUCAAAACUGGAGUUCGAGCUUGAAGCUUUCGUCUCUGAAGCUCCGCCGACUCUGGCUGCUUCACUCGCCGACGUCUUCCUCACUCGCCGCUGUCUUCCUCUCUUGUCUUGGAGGGCGAUUCCGAGAAGGAGACGAGGUCUGCUCUAUGCGCCCUGCUGAGAUAGGCAGUGUAGAAGCUGAUGAUAAAAAGAAAAAGAGAAUCAAGAAGAAGAAGAAGGUUAAGAUGAUGUUGGAGGAGACUUCUGAACCCGAGGACAGCACUGAGCUCGAUGACACGGCUUCACCUGAGGGAACGUACUUAGAGGCCGGUGGAGAGCGAGAACAAAGUAUCAAGAAGAGAAACAAGAAAUCUUUGAAGGGCAAUGAAGAACCAGACCUUGAUGAAUUUGUUCACAAAGCAGAAGUAAGUCCUGAUGACAACGAAGAUCAGCUCUGUGAUGGGGGGAAAGAAGAGAACAAGAAAUUAGAGGAAGUUGCUGAGGAUAUAGGACCUCAAGACGAUCCUGUGUCCAAAAAUACUGAGAAGAAGAUGGCGAAGAAGAACAAGAAGAAGGAGAGAUUAAUGAAAGAAGCUGCUGAGGCCAACAAGCGAGGUAUCUGCUACUUAAGUCGGAUCCCUCCUCACAUGGAUCAUGUCAAGCUUCGUCAUCUCAUCUCCCAGUAUGGGGAGAUACUGAGAAUCUAUCUAGCACCUGAAGAUCCUGAUGCUCAAGUAAAGCGUAAACGUGCUGGCGGUUUUAGAGGACGGGAAUUCUCAGAAGGGUGGGUUGAAUUUGCCAAGAAAAAUGUUGCGAAGAGGGUAGCUAACAUGUUGAAUGGUGAACAAAUAGGAGGGAGGAAGAGGUCAGCGUGGUAUUAUGAUAUCUGGAACAUCAAGUACUUAAGUAAAUUUAAGUGGGAUGAUCUCACCGAAGAGAUUGCACAUAAGAUGGCCAUCCGGGAGCAAAAGCUAGCAUUGGAAAUCUCUGCUGCCAAGAGGGAACGCGAUUUCUACCUCGCCAAGGUCGACCAGGCCCGAGCCUUGGCAUCGAUAGAAGGAAGGCUGAAGAAGAAGCAGAAGGUGGCACAAGAUUCGGGAGAAAACACCGAGGGCCGUGCCGUGCAGCUGGCCCCGAAAGUAAUCCGUCGGUUCCCACAGAAGCAACCUGUCAAGCAAAGUACAAAGGAAACAAAAUCUCGGCUCUCAAGAGAAGUUCUUGCUGGGGUUUUCGGGGCUGCAUAGCCACAGGUUUGAGUUUUCCAUUAAAGGGGGUACUUCUAAGACAAAACAAGCUUGGGAUUCUCUUGGGAUUUAGCUCACGUUGAUUAUUGGUUCCCCUCAAGUGGUGUAAUUUAAUCACUCUAUGAAACUCUUCCGCAUUGUCUUGGUUUAUCUUAAUUGUGCCCUUCACAGUAAGAUUGUCAUCGAGCCUUGUCUCGAGUUUCCAGGGUA